UCUGAUGCUUCCGGUUAUGGACUUGGCGGAGUUAUCGCGCAUUCGUUCGAUGGAGUAGAGAAACCCAUUUGUUUCACUUCAUUUUCACUCAAUUCAGCUCAAAAGAAGUAUCCCAUUCUUCAUUUAGAAGCUCUGGCACUCGUCUGUACAAUUAAGAAAUUCCAUAAGUAUCUCUAUGGGCAGAAAUUUACAGUAUUUACCGAUCAUAAACCUUUAGUAGGAAUUUUCGGUAAGGAGGGUAAAAAUGCGAUAUUUGUGACAAGACUUCAACGUUAUGUUUUGGAAUUAUCUAUUUACGAUUUUGAGAUCCAGUACAGACCUUCUGCAAAAAUGGGCAAUGCUGAUUUUUGUUCGCGAUUCCCAUUGGAGCAGUCGGUUCCUAAAGAGCUAGAUUUGGAUUGUAUCAAACACAUUAAUUUUAGUAAUGAAUGUCCAAUUGACUUCAACGAUAUUGCUAAACACACAAAAACUGAUUCAUUUUUACAGCAAAUUAUGACGUUUAUCCGCAAAGGUUGGCCAAGCAAAAUUGACAAACACUUUGCGAAUAUUUUUGCAAAUCAGUGUGAUUUGGAGAUAAAUGAAGAUUGUUUGAUUUACCAGGAUAGGGUCAUAAUACCUCAGCAAUUGCAAAGCGAAAUGUUAAGGUUGUUGCAUGCAAGUCAUGCCGGAAUCGUAAAAAUGAAGCAAUUGGCUAGGCGUUCAGUAUACUGGUACGGGAUAAAUGCUGACAUAGAAAAUUUUGUUAGAGAAUGUGAUGCUUGUGCUAGCAUGGCAGUGCAUCCCAAACAGAAAAUUGAAUCCAAAUGGACACCAUCCAGCAGACCUUUUGGUAGAGUGCACAUAGAUUUUUUCUACUUCAAGCAUCAUGUUUUUUUACUAAUUGUAGACAGUUAUUCAAAAUGGGUGGAAGUUGAGUGGAUGAAAAAUGGUACAGCUUGUACUCAAGUCAUAAGAAAGUUGUUAGCAUAUUUUGCUAGAUUUGGGUUUCCAGACAUAUUAGUAUCGGACAACGGUCCUCCGUUCAAUUCGCAUGAUUUUAAGACUUUUCUUGAAAGGCAAGGAAUAAGGGUCCUGAACAGUCCACCGUACAACCCUGCAAGUAAUGGUCAGGCAGAAAGACUUGUUCUUACAGUUAAAGAUGUUCUAAAAAAAUUGCUUCUUGACCCGGAAUAUUUGCAUUUAGAAUUGGUGGACCUGAUUAGUUUAUUCUUGAUAAAUUUUAGAAAUAACACUAUGACGAUGGAUGGGUUUUUCCCUUCCCAAAAAGUUUUAGCGUAUACUCCAAAAAUGUUAAUCGAUUUGAUUAAUCCAAAACGACACUCUAACAGCAACACUGUACCACAAACUAAUAAUGUUAACCGCAAUGAUGACAUAUUUGUUAGAUCUAAUGAUGGCCUUAGUAAAGAGGUUCAUAAUGAUCCUUUAGAUAGUCUGAUGGCGGGAGAUGCAUUAUGGUACAAGAACAACAAUCCCCACCAUCAGGCUAAAUGGAUUAAGGCACAUUUUCUAAAACGUAUGUGUAAAAAUGUUUUACAGAUUACGAUUGGAAGCGGGCUAACAACAACAGCACAUCGGAGCCAAAUUAAGAUCGUCAAUGAUCGGGACGGAAAGAGUGCGAGUUGGAAGGAGCCAGACCAUCGGAUAAGCCGAAUCGGAAAAGGAAGAGUGGAACGAGUUUGGCGCUCAAUGGCCAGCCAUGGCGUUCGAAGAGGAAACGAAAGGAUAAUUUCAAAAAGGAUUUCAUUUAUUCUAACUUUUAAGAAGUGAUCGAUGUAAUUUUUCAACUAUGCUUAGAAGUAAUCUUCUGUUCAGAAUUAAAUAGUUAAUAGUACAACUUGAAAGAAGGAAGGGCUAAUAUGUACCUUCAUUUACCUAAUUUGCUUUAACAUUGUAUUACCAUAAAAUAUGUUUACCAAUACCAACACACUCACUGUCUGAGUUUAUAGCACUCAGGUUUCGAAUAAACGAUCCGACGUUUGUCGGCUCUUUUUGGAUUCAGACUUCAAGCUUAUCAGACGUACUUACUUUAGAGAAGAAGCUCCAUCAGUUACCUGGUUCUUUCUACAGUCCACCCGUUAUAACUAUAGUUAGUCCGUUCGGCCCUUUGAUUACUUAAACAGUGUUAUUUAGUAUAAAACAAGGAUAAAUU